UGGGGGUCCUACGUAAAAGCUAAAGCUGCACGGAUCCGCGCUUGGCAGAACAGAACUGGGGGCGGUCCGCCCUGCACUGAGAGGUUAACCGAUGCAGAAGAAAUUCUUGUUAGCCUCAUGGGAGACGUGUGCAUUGUGGGUGUCGCUACCACCCCAGAGGCUGGAAUUUCACUGAUGGCCAAUGCUCUACCUGAACAACAGCCACCCGCUGCUGACCAUUUGGAGACAAACUGCGACGACGCAGUAAACGACGGGCAGAAUGCAAUCGAACAGUCGUCACAAGCAACACAGAUAGCUUCUCACGUGGAAGACACUGAUACAGCAACAGCUCCCGACGAUGCUGCUGAUAUGAAUGCGUCGCAAGAUGGUGAACCACAGAUGUCACCGGAGGCGACUCAAGAACCCAGACACAGGAGGCGGAGCAGAAUAAGGGCCAUUAGACAGCAGUACCAGAACGAAGUCGGCCAGGGCUUCCUAUCCCUUCAGACCAAACAACAAGAGCAGCUGGGCCGUAUAUACGGCUCGUUGACAGAACUUGUAAACGCGGUCAAUAGGGUCGCCGCCGCACAGGAGCAACAAACUAUUGCUCUUCAAGAAAUUAUUGGACUCCUUACUGUAAGCACACAUUUAUUUUUGUACGCACUUUGGGUGCGAAGCAUACAAAACCUUCAGACAUCAUAAAGCAAUAUCACACUGCGUAUAAUUGACUUCGAACUCGGUCCCUGACCCUUGCCCCUCCAGCUCGAGUUUCUUCCUGAUCGGCUUGGCUGUGUGUGUCAAACAUUUCAGAGUCUAUCUCUGGGGGAUCCUCCAGCUCAACGCCCUCUCUCAAACAAAUGUUGUGUAGAAUUGCACAGGAAUUUAUAAUUUUCCCAGCUACACUUGGUGAAUAGUGCAGUGCUCUAUGUCUAUGUAGGCACCGGAAGCGGCUCUUCAAAAGUCCGUUGCACUGCUCGAUGACUGCCCGUGCCUUCUGAUGUCGAACAUUAAAAGUUGCUUUCGAUGAAUCAGAUGCUGCCUCCGAUUCAGCAUAGGGCACCAUGAGCCACGGCUCCAGGGGGUAUCCGCUAUCCCCUGCGAGAAAGGAAUAUGGUGUGGUGACAGACGUACGAAACAGCCCUUACCAAUGAGCCAGGAGUUCGUUCUUGGAAUCCUGUUGCAGGACAGUGCAUCGCGCAGUGUGGAGUUCUUCCAUAUGAAUGCAUCAUGAGUGCU